AUGGCCCCUCUGUUGUCUCGAAAAAGAGACUGUGCCUAUCUCCUUUUCUUCGCCUCCCAUAUCCCUAUCAUCUUCCUGAUCGAUACCGUCCCCCUGCAGCCCCAAUGGAUGGUCUCAGACCUUUCUAGGGGCCUGCGUGAUUUCUACAUAUCCACAUACAGGGACAAGUUUUUCGAGGUUCCAGCCCCGACCUGGUUCACGGCGUUUAUAUGGAUGGAGUUGUUGUAUCAUGUACCCCUUAGUUUAUGGGCGGUAUGGGCUUUGCUGCGUGAUCACCCCAUGCUCCCUGUUCAUCUCCUCAUCUUUGCUGUUCAAGCUUUCGUUACCUCCUGGACUUGCUUAUGGGAUGUAUGGACUUGGGAGGAUAGAAGUAGAGAGGAGAAGCUCAAUAUUACCUCACUCUACGGUCCAUAUGUCGCCCUAGGCGCGCUAAUGGCGUUGGAUAUGGUCAUUCGACUACGUGGCCGACUCACUACAAAGCCGAAACGCGAAUGA